CGUCUCAAAUCUGGCCACACUACUGUUUUAUUCCGUUGUUUGUGUUUAGCCACUGUAAUAAUCGGGUGUGGGUGUAUCAAGGAUAUAAACAUACAUAUGUUUAUAUGAAUAUUUAUAUAUAUAUAUUUAAUAUUUGUAUAUUAUUCAUAUUUUUACGUUUUCUCUGACUCAAAUGUUGAAAUUCAUACAUUGGGUAUAUCACUAAUUCAACUUUGAAUUUUUUUCAUCGUAAAUGUGUUUCGGUACAUAAAAGUUCGAAUUCUCUGUCAAAACGUGCCUUGUUUAAACAUGCCGAGUAUAGAGUUUGAACAGAGAACCAACACUGCGAUACCGAAUACGGUGAUGUUUCCAGAUUUCGAAUUCUUAGAAGAAAACACACAGUUUAAUGAUGACCUGUUUCAAUCAUGGAGUACUGAACUAGGAAUACCUGUUAUACCAGAAGGGAAGACAACAAGUUCAGACUAUAAUAAAACUGAAAAUGAAGCGGAGAGAAAUAUAUUGGAUUUUUCAACGUUUAAAGAAUUUGACUUUAAUGGCAUACAAAAUGAUUCAGAAAUAUGGAAAGUCUCAGAGAUAAAAAAUGAAAUUAAGAUGGAACCUGAAAGUCCUAAUACACAUUUACCACUGUCACCAUUGAGUAGUUUUAAUCAUUCAGAAUCUGAAGAUUCAGAUAAACAAAUGAGAUUUUCAAAUGGAGAAAUAUCAAAUAGUUUAAUGCAGAAUAUGGAUACAGAGUUUGUUGUAGAAACACCAUUGAUUACUUCGUCACAAAGCUCGACUUUGUUGUCACAAUCGUCUCGAUUGUCUUCAAAUAUAAUACCACAUGUUAAACUUAUACCUAUUAAUAACAAAGAUAUAAAGCAUAUUUUUGGAAAUACAGACUCUGUGAAACAUAUUCAUACUCAGCCUGCAGAUGCACAACAUGAAAAAGAUGAGAAAUCUCCAAAUGCUAUUAUUCUUCAAGAUUUUACCUCGUUUACACAAGAUGCAAAUUCACAGCAUGUAUUAUAUCCUUCCAAAUUAACGACAAAUAAGCUCAUUAAUGUGCAAAAUUCAUUACAUAUGGAUCCAAUAACGGUUCAAUUACCACAGAAAUUGAAAAUAAUCAAUGCUAUACCAAACAUUUGUCCAGUAAGCACUGCUGAAUCAAUGGAUACUUCUACUACUUUAAACAAUGGACUCGUGACAUGUACAAGCAAACCCAUGAGUUACACGUCAUUUCAAUUAAUGCAGGAUAAAACUAAUUGCACUUCAAUAAUUGCAAAGACAGAUGGAAUUAAUAUUGUAAAUUCUUCAAAAAACAAUCAAGAAUGCGAGAAAGCAUUAAAGAGACAACAAAGAAUGAUAAAAAAUAGAGAAUCUGCUUGCCUUUCACGAAAGAAAAGAAAGGAAUAUGUAAUAUCUUUAGAAAAAAAAAUAUCUGAAUUGAAGGAAGAAAAUAAACAGCUAAAAUCGGAAAAUAUAGCUUUAAAGCAAAAACUAACAGAGAAGGAAGACAGUAUUAUGAGUGAUAAUAACAAAUAUAGAAGUUUUAAUUUUAAGUCUAUCUUCAAAAAGACGAAGAAAGAAACCGCUUUUCUGAUGUGCUUGACUUUCAUGAUAUCUAUUAGCGUUGAUGGUCUUAAGACAAGCCUUUUACAGAACGUACAUUUUAAUACUGAAUCUAACAACGACUUAUCAAUGGCUGUACCAGAAAUCAGACAUAGCAGAAAAUUAUUCUGGGCGGAAAAUGAAAACGAUAAGGUUAACUUGGAUGAUCAACUUGAAGAAAAUUUUAAUAAAAGUAUACCAGCACACCAACCAAUAUGUCCAAUGUAUAUUAAUCAAAGCGAAUCAAUUCGUCUAGAUAGCGAAUUGAGACGUUGGAUUGAUGGUGAAUCUGAUCGAGAUAAUAGGUCAGCAUCAAAAAGAACGCUAUUAGAAACAAGUUCGUUAAACGUACUGGCAAAAUUGCCAUUGGAAGAAAAAAUGAGAAGAAAGAUGUACUUAUCACGAGACAAGAAAAUAAAAACUAUGCACAAAAUGAUCGAUAUUCCUGCUACUGAUCGACACUCAAAUGACAGUGCAGUUCAAGUCUUUUCUCCAACAUUAAAUAAAUAUUCUUCUCUAUUCGAAGCAUUAGGAAGAAAAGACGAUACAUUUUAUGUUGUAUGGUUUAGUGGCGAGCAUUUAUUAUUACCAGCUUCUCGGAAAAAUGACACAGCUAGGCCAAAAAUGUCUUUAGUUUUGCCUGUUGUAUCUAUAAAUGGUACAUUUUCGGCACCUCCUAAUCAUAUAACGAUGAUGCAAAUUGAUUGUGAAGUGACCAAUACGCAAUUGCUACAUUUACAACAAUCAAUGAUACCUGUUCACUUGCGAGGUACUAAGUCUACGAGUCAAUCACAUCAAUCUCACUCCUUUGAGGACAUAGCCAAUAUAACAGCUAAUAGCACUCGAAAUUACAAACCGUACUUUAUAAAGGAGGCAAAUCGAAAACAUCGUACAAAACAUUUGAUGGGAUAAUUAUGAAAAUAAGAAUGUUAUAGAUGUUUUGAGGUUUACUAUAACAAAGAUACUAAUGUAAGUAAGAAAAAGUACGUUCCUAGUCUUGAUAUAAAAAAUACAAAAAAGGUUCUAAUAAUAUACAACACGGAAAGAUGAUAUAAUUGUUUAAUAAUAUAA